GUUUUCAGGCUGAACCUUCGGUAGCUGCAGACACAAACAAUUCAGCGGCUGUUGUAUCGAUGGUGGUCAUUGUCAUCGGAGCUUCAUACGUGUUGUGGACAUGUCGAUUGAGUCAGGCUAAAGCUACAGCAGCUACCACGCCACCGCCAAGACCGUUUGAAAACAUCAAGAAACACAGAAAGUGGAACAAGUCAAAGGUACAGCAGCAUGGCAAACAUGCCCAGCUUGCCACGUACAGUGAAAAGCUGGUUGCUGUGUGGUAUGAUGGUCCCGACGUCACCAAGAUGAUGGAGACUUCAGACCUGCAGACAUGGCACAGUAUUGACCUACCAAGUGAAUACAGUAAGCUGCUAGCCCCAUCACUGGCAUCCCAUGGUGGUAUGCUGUACAUGCACUGUAACACAUACACCAAGAGCACCAACACACGGGUGUACUCUAUUCUGCAGUACUGUGACACACCAGAUAACGGUGAUGGCAGCCGCAGUGGUGGUGAUGGUGGUCAGUGGACCAAACUUACGGACGUCCCGUCGCACUGUAAGCAUGCCUGGUGUACUCUACAUGUAGGUGCUGAUGCUAUUUCUCUAUAUGGUGGCAGGCAUUAUGGAACAGAGUACAAUCAUGUUAGUACCUAUUCUCUAGCUAGCCAGCAGUGGAGCUCUUCUUCUUCACCAUCCAAUACUAGCCUAGUAUUGCCUUCAUUGCCGCUACCAUGCAGCGAAGCAUCACUUGUCCCAUUCCCUGAUUCACUGUACUUAGUUGGUGGUGUUACUGGUUGUUUUCUCAAACACCAUGAUGGUAGGUGGGUGUCCACCAGUCCACCUGAUGGUGUUAAGCUGAAGUUUAGUGCAGCAUGCGCACUGUCUGACCAUUGCAUGGUUAUUUGCCCCCACACUCCUUCUGCUGAGUGUGUUGUACAUGAUAUUUCAUCUGGUCAGGUCUAUCCACUACCAGCUAUGCCAGAGUACAGUCGUUACACCCCAUCACUCACACUGUUUGGCAGUACCCUGGUACUCAGUGUAGGUGGAUCAGACACUCCUACUGCUCUGUACACACUGGAUAUGAGUGUGUGAGUGUAGUAGGUUACUAACUACAGUCAAUCACUGAUGAUAACUACAGUAUGCAAACUGUACUGCUUUUCACUUUCUUUCUAUUAUCAGAAAGUUGAUAAUCUUUGUUUUCAUAUCUCUGUCAAACUAUUUUUUUCAACCAAAAUCACUAUCUAGCCUAUCUAA